CUAGGCGCUGGCUGGUUGAUUUGCACGUGGGUAGCUUGCUUCUUGGUGGAUCUCCUCCUCCGCAGCGAUGCCUGGCAAAACGCAGCUGCCCAGCCGGGAGGAGGCUCUGCCGGGCAGAUCUGAGACAAUCGUAGUGUCAGCAGACCCAGUUCCGGAUUUCUGCUCUACUGGCCACUGACUUGAUUGUCUGGAUGCUGAGUUUGCAAACCCAAACAGAGGUUCUGGACAUCGGGAAGUCAUGAGCAAGCUGAUGCCAUAUAAAAAGAGUGGCUGUUUUGCUGCCCGUUCUUCUGAUGGCAGAAGGGGAAAAGAACCUGGCACCGUUCGGAGACGGAGCACGCCAAGUCCCUGCCAGCGUCGUCCUCGUCUGGUCUUCUUUUGCUUUCUUUAUCCCCCCGUCUGACAUCCAGAACCUCCUGUGGGCAGAGGGCACAAGGCGGGCAUCCGAAAGGGGUCCGGGCGGGUACUGGCCUGAAGGGAGCCGCGGACCAAAUGGGCUAACCAUGCCGUCAACAAAAAUCCAAUGUACCCACCGUACCCAGAAGGAAUGCAGAUGGCGAUAUUUGGCAUGGGGUGUUUCUGGGGAGCGGAGAGAAUGUUCUGGAAGCUGCCAGGUGUUUUUUCCACCCAGGUGGGCUUCUCAGGAGGCUUCACGCCCAAUCCUACGUACAAAGAAGUCCGCACUGGGAUGACUGGGCAUGCGGAGGUAGUCCGAGUGGUGUUUGAUCCCCAGAAGAUCAGCUACGAGGACCUUCUCAAAUUCUUCUGGGAGAAGCACAAUCCAACCCAAGGGAUGCAGCAGUCGGGAGAUAUUGGCACACAGUAUCGUUCAGCCAUCUACACCACUGGAGCGGAGCAACUAGAAUCUGCUUUGAGGGCCAAGGCAGCAUACGAGAAGGAGUUGGCGACGAAGCAGCUGGGGCCAACCACCACUGAGAUCAAGCCAGCCGGCGAGUUCUACUACGCUGAAGAUUACCACCAGCAAUACCUUUACAAAAACCCAGAUGAAUAUUGCGGCCUGCGAGGCACCGGUGUGGCCUUCCCUGGUUGCAAAUGAGAACCCGGAAUGGGUGUGUUCCUGGCAGUCACCGUGACUGGAACCCUGGAGAGACGCCAUGGCAGCCAAAGCGGCCUAGCAUCCUCUUUUAAUUCAGCUGUAAUUGUGCAAACGGGGCCUUUGCUUUCUCCUUUCUCAUUUGUAGGACACAAUGGGAUUUCAGGCCCUGUCAGACGGCUGGUCCUCUGGCCGAACUCCCCAUGCCUUUGAUAUCUGAAGACAGGAAGGGAACUUGGAACCUUCCAUAUGCAGGUGCUCUUCCCAGAGCGGUCCCAUCCCUAAGGGGAAUACCAUUACAAUGCUCACAUGUAGUCUCCCAUUCAAAUGCAAACCAUGGUGGACCCUGCUUAACAAAGGGGACCAGUCACGCUUGGUACCACAAGACCAGCUCCCACAAGAACAGCAUCCAGGGCCAAUGGCUGGUAUUCCCCUGCAGGUUGGAGCCAUGUUUGUAUCUCAGUCCCACAUUCUCCAGUAAUGCCUCGUAGGAAGCUGUUGGAGCAAUCCGAAAUGCCUGUUCCUUGGAGUGUUUAGGCGUUGGUCUUGGUACCGAGCAUUGGCCGAGAUGCAUUCUUUGGAGGUCACCCUGACCUAGAGGGAGACUGUCUGGAAAUAUGAUGGAUUGCUCUUUAGACCUCGUGGAGGAUUUGCACAUCUGUGGCCUGUGGUGGGAGCCAAGAUAUUUGUUUUCCACUCCCCUGCAUCGCCUGAAGAAGAGCACCACCAGUCAGCUACUCUGGAACAUGGAUGGCUCUCCCCUCCAGCCCCGAUAUUGUCCCUCACCAGAGUCCCUUGUAACAGAUGUUGUCAACUACAACUCCCAUCAUCCCCAGCCAAAGGCCAUUACAACUUGGGAUGAUGGGGAUUGUAGAUGGGGAUUGUAGCACCAAUCUUGUAAUGAGAGAGCUGGUUUCCUUCCUUGGCAGGCCAUGUCCCGCCCACAGGGCUCUUGAUUGGUGGAGGGUGGGAUAGGCAGCUGCCCCUCUCUCUUUCCGCCCUGCCCCAGCUGAGAAUCUUUCUCCCUUUCCAUCCUGCCAGUAACUGAAGCAGCAAAGGCUGGUCAUUGAAUGGCCAGCUCCAUUCUCUGGGCCACCAGCACUGCUCUCUGCCUCCCAGCACUGCCAGCACCAGCCACCACUGAUGCAGGGGGGAAGGGUUUAACCCUCCCGCUCCCUGACUACAGCUUUCAUCUGGUUGGCCCUGAUAUUUCCAUUACUAUCUUCUGCUAACAGGGCAAAGAGGCACCUUUCAAAGUGUUGAUCCUCUUUAUAUUUAGCUGUGGGGAGAUCCAGUGACCCUAUCCAUCCCCAGCACAGCACCCCUGCAAUGGGGGGGCCACCGUUGUGUUUCAUUUUAAAUGAUGAGCUUUUUGCAAACAGGAAACCUACUACUACUACUACUACUACUACUUUUUCUAUGUAAAUCACUUUGAAAACCUUUUCAUUGAAAAGUGGUGUGUUAUUAUUGGCUGACAUAUAGAGCAAGGAUGAAUCAGUGCAGCAAGAGAGCAGCCUAGAAGAGCUUCCCAACUAACUGCACUAACUGCGGGGAAGUGGCAAUUUAUUUGACACUCUCCCCUUCCCCAGGAAGUCCUUUGCCAAGCCAUCAGGGGCAUAUAUACAGGUGGCACAGAUAUGCUCUCCCUUUCCCCAGGAAGUCCUCUGCACAGCCCCUGGGGACAUAUUUUCAGGUGGCACAGAGACACUCUCCCUUUCCCUAGGAAGUCCUCUCCACAACCCUUGGGGACAUAUCUUCAGGUUGCACAGAGACACUCUCCCUUUCCCCAGGAAGUCCUCUGCACAACCCUUGGGGACAUAUUUUCAGGUGGCACAGAAACACUCUCCCUUUCCCCAGGAAGUCCUCUGCACAGCCCCCGGGGACAUAUUUUUGGAUGGGCCCAGAGAGUGGAAGGGAAGGGUGUCAAAAAUUGCAGCGUCUCUAUUGCACUGAUGCUGUUAGUUGAAACGUUUGGUUAGGCUGCUCCUCCUCUCCCUACACUGGUGCAUCCUUGCUCUGUAUAUCACCAUUGAUGAUGAGGAUGAGGAUGAUAGAUGAUCAAACAAAAAUGUAUACAAGCAGGCUGAUGUUAAGUAUGUGUGAUAUUAAACUACACAUAUUACUGUU